CCCCAACGGCCGAAUUAACUGGUUCUGUCUGUCCGACAAGGAGAGCAGCUCCCGCUAAAAAUAGCGCCCUGCCCGGGGAGGCCUGCUCCCUCCGGGGUCCGCGCCACAGCCGUGGGAGUCCGAGCCGGGACUGCACGAGGAGCGCCGGGAGAGUCCCGGCACGCCAGGGUCUGACCCCUGAGGCCCAAGCGGCGUGCGCAGCAGCCCUGGCGCCACAGGUGCCGCGGAGGGUGGAAGGGCCGACUCCGGCAGGGAUGGGUGCUGGGCGCUCGGCCUACCGAGCGCUCGCCUGGGCCUCCCUGCCGCUGCUGGGGCCUCCCGCGGGCGCGCUCUGCGGGGACACUCUCUGCAGCCGAGAAUCACCCCAAGAAAGGCCGGGCUCCCGGCGCAGCCUUCCCGGCAGCCUGUCAGAGAAAAGCACCAGCAUGGAGCCCUCGGCUGCAACCCCGUUCCGGGUCACGGGCUUCCUCAGCCGUCGCCUCAAGGGCUCCAUCAAGCGCACCAAGAGCCAGCCCAAGCUGGACCGCAACCACAGCUUCCGCCACAUCCUGCCGGGGUUCCGGAGCGCAACCGCUGCCGCCGCCGCCGCCGCGGACAAUGAGAGGUCCCAUCUGAUGCCAAGGCUGAAGGAGUCUCGGUCACACGAGUCCCUACUCAGCCCCAGCAGCGCAGUGGAGGCACUGGACCUCAGCAUGGAGGAGGAGGUGAUCAUCAAGCCUGUUCACAGCAGCAUCCUGGGUCAGGACUACUGCUUUGAGGUGACAACAUCAUCGGGAAGCAAGUGCUUUUCCUGCCGGUCAGCAGCUGAACGAGACAAAUGGAUGGAGAACCUGCGGCGAGCAGUGCAUCCCAACAAGGACAAUAGCCGGCGUGUAGAGCACAUCCUGAAGCUGUGGGUAAUUGAGGCCAAGGAUUUGCCAGCCAAGAAGAAAUACCUGUGUGAGCUCUGCCUGGAUGAUGUGCUGUAUGCCCGUACUACGGGCAAGCUCAAGACGGACAAUGUCUUCUGGGGAGAGCACUUUGAGUUCCACAACCUGCCGCCUCUGCGCACAGUCACUGUCCACUUGUACAGGGAGACGGACAAGAAAAAGAAAAAAGAACGCAACAGUUACCUAGGCCUGGUGAGCCUGCCAGCUGCCUCUGUGGCUGGGCGGCAGUUUGUGGAGAAGUGGUACCCAGUGGUGACACCCAAUCCCAAGGGGAGCAAAGGCCCUGGGCCCAUGAUCCGAAUCAAAGCACGCUACCAGACCAUCACCAUCUUGCCCAUGGAGAUGUACAAAGAGUUUGCUGAACACAUCACUAACCACUACUUGGGGCUGUGUGCAGCCCUCGAGCCCAUCCUCAGUGCCAAGACCAAGGAGGAGAUGGCAUCCGCUCUAGUGCACAUCCUGCAGAGCACAGGCAAGGUCAAGGACUUUCUAACAGACCUGAUGAUGUCAGAAGUGGACCGCUGUGGGGACAACGAGCACCUCAUCUUCCGAGAGAACACACUGGCCACCAAGGCCAUCGAGGAGUACCUCAAACUUGUGGGUCAGAAGUACCUGCAGGAUGCAUUAGGUGAGUUCAUCAAAGCUCUAUAUGAGUCGGAUGAGAAUUGUGAAGUGGACCCAAGCAAGUGUUCAGCUGCCGACCUUCCUGAGCACCAAGGCAACCUCAAGAUGUGCUGCGAGCUGGCCUUCUGUAAGAUCAUCAACUCCUACUGUGUCUUCCCACGGGAGCUUAAAGAGGUGUUCGCCUCAUGGCGGCAGGAGUGCAGCAGCCGUGGCCGACCAGAUAUCAGUGAACGGCUCAUCAGUGCCUCCCUCUUCCUGCGCUUCCUCUGCCCUGCCAUCAUGUCGCCCUCGCUCUUCAACCUGCUUCAGGAGUACCCUGAUGACCGCACGGCUCGCACCCUCACGCUCAUCGCCAAAGUCACCCAGAACCUGGCCAACUUUGCCAAGUUUGGAAGCAAGGAGGAGUACAUGUCAUUCAUGAACCAGUUCCUGGAGCACGAGUGGACCAACAUGCAGCGCUUCCUGCUGGAGAUCUCCAACCCUGAGACCCUCUCCAACACAGCAGGCUUCGAGGGCUAUAUAGACCUGGGCCGGGAGCUGUCCAGCCUGCAUUCCCUACUCUGGGAAGCUGUCAGCCAGCUUGAGCAGAGCAUUGUGUCCAAACUGGGACCCCUGCCUCGUAUCCUGAGGGAUGUCCACACAGCACUGAGCACUCCGGGCAGUGGGCAGCUCCCUGGCACCAAUGACCUGGCCUCCACACCAGGCUCUGGCAGCAGCAGCAUCUCAGCUGGGCUGCAGAAGAUGGUGAUUGAGAAUGAUCUCUCUGGUCUGAUAGAUUUCACCCGGUUACCGUCUCCAACCCCCGAAAACAAGGACUUGUUUUUUGUCACAAGGUCCUCCGGGGUCCAGCCCUCACCUGCCCGCAGCUCGAGCUACUCAGAAGCUAAUGAGCCUGACCUGCAGAUGGCCAACGGCAGCAAGAGCCUGUCCAUGGUAGACCUCCAGGAUGCCCGCACACUGGAUGGGGAGGCAGGUUCCCCAGUGGGCCCCGAUGCCCUACCUGCUGAUGGGCAAGUGCCUGCAACUCAGCUGGUGACUGGGUGGCCAGCCCGGGCAGCCCCAGUGAGUCUUGCAGGAUUGGCCACAGUGCGGCGGGCAGUGCCAACACCAACCACACCAGGCACCUCCGAGGGUGCACCAGGCCGGCCCCAGUUGCUGGCCCCACUCUCCUUUCAGAAUCCUGUAUACCAGAUGGCGGCUGGUCUGCCGCUGUCACCCCGUGGCCUUGGUGACUCAGGCUCUGAGGGCCACAGCUCCCUGAGCUCUCACAGCAACAGUGAGGAGUUGGCAGCUGCUGCCAAACUGGGAAGCUUCAGCACUACUGCCGAAGAGCUGGUGAGGCGGCCUGGUGAGCUGGCACGGCGGCAGAUGUCACUGACUGAGAAGGGUGGGCAGCCCACAGUGCCAAGGCAAAACAGUGCUGGUCCCCAGCGAAGGAUUGACCAGCCGCCGCCACCACCACCGCCACCACCUCCUGCCCCCCGGGGCAGAACACCUCCUACCUUGCUGAGCACCCUACAGUACCCACGGCCCUCGAGUGGAACCCUGGCGUCAGCAUCACCUGACUGGGCUGGCCCUGGCACCCGGCUGCGACAACAGUCCUCCUCCUCCAAGGGAGACAGCCCAGAGCUGAAGCCCCGCGCCGUGCACAAGCAGGGCCCUUCACCCGUGAGCCCCAAUGCCCUGGACCGCACAGCCGCUUGGCUUUUGACCAUGAACGCGCAGUUGUUAGAAGACGAGGGCCUGGGCCCAGAUCCCCCCCACAGGGAUAGGCUAAGGAGUAAGGAGGAGCUCAGCCAAGCAGAAAAGGACCUGGCAGUGCUGCAAGACAAGCUGCGAAUCUCCACCAAGAAGCUGGAGGAAUAUGAGACCCUGUUCAAGUGCCAGGAGGAGACAACGCAAAAGCUGGUUCUGGAGUACCAGGCGCGGUUAGAAGAGGGUGAGGAGCGGCUGCGGCGGCAGCAGGAGGACAAGGACAUCCAGAUGAAGGGCAUCAUCAGCAGGUUGAUGUCUGUGGAAGAGGAGCUGAAGAAGGACCAUGCUGAGAUGCAAGCGGCUGUAGACUCCAAACAGAAGAUCAUUGAUGCCCAGGAAAAGCGCAUUGCCUCGCUGGAUGCUGCCAACGCCCGCCUCAUGAGCGCUCUCACGCAGCUGAAAGAGAGGUACAGCAUGCAAGCCCGUAACGGCGUCUCCCCCACCAACCCCACCAAAUUGCAGAUUACUGAGAACGGCGAGUUCAGAAACAGCAGCAAUUGUUAACUGCCUGAGGAGAGGGGGACUGUGUGGCCCGGGGCAGGGUCUCAGUCUCGGUCGGGAGGCUCCCCACAGUUGCAGACUGGCCCGAGUGGGGGACACAAGACUGAUGGAGUAUGAGCCUGAGCGCACAGUGCCCCCUUCUCUUCGCCCACCUGAACAGCGGGCUUGGGUAGAGCAGCAGAGACUGCCCGCUGGGGAGUGGGGACAACCUGGAGGGAGGCCUGCCAAAUGUGUCUGUUGGUUGUUGAAUUGGUAUGUGUUACCUUUUCUUCCUCGGCCAGCCAAGUGCAUGUACCCCUUACCCUUUGCCAGGGAGGGAGCUACUUGGAAAGGGCUCAAGUAUGAUCUAGGGGUCACUCCUGGGGCCUAAUGGAAUGGUUGACUGGUAGGCACAGAGAGGUUCUGUGGCCCCUGCUCAUCUCUGCCCUAAGCCCCUGCCAUUGCAUGCAACCCAUCAGGGACACUUCCUGUCCACGCAGAACUGGAGUCACCUCGCUCCUGUGCCUGGCCCAGUCUCGCCAUAUUCCAUCUCCUUUCCUUUCUUAUCGCAUUGCCAAACAGACAGUGAGCAUUGCACUUUCUCUGCGGUGCCCUCCCGCAUACCUGUGGGUUCCCAGCUUCCCACACUUCACAUGUGGGCCUGGCUCAUGCUCUUGGGAUUCCCAGAAGCCAGAGAGCUGGGCAGAGGUGACCAGGUUGCACCAUACAUUGUAGCUGCCUUCUCCAGGGUCCCAGUGCAUCCCAGCACAGUGGUCCUGUGGGGAGUGGCCACUGGUGCUCACCCUGCAAAAGUGAUCUCAUUUCUCUGAUGGUUUAAAAGAAGAAGUCUAAUGCCUGCAGGCCCUGAGAAGGUGGAUAACUGUGAUUUUUUUUCCUUUCACAGUAUGCAUUAGAAACAAAAGCCCGCUUGCUCGCUUGCUGGAACACAGGGGCCUUUUAAAUUGAGCGUGCGCACUGCAUGGGAAAUAGCGGCCCUGGAGGAUGUUAGACUUGCUCCCUCUCCAAGACAGCAGCAGCCUGCACCAGGCCCUGUGUGUGCAGUCACCUCUCCUCACCCUCCCAGCCCCAGCCAAGGACCCAGGCACUGCAGGCAGGGAGGGGCAUACCCCACAGCUGGGGCUGGUUUUUCCAGCUCUAGGCUGUUCGUAGCAUAUUUGUCCCUCCCCCCAUUGUGGGUCAGAGAUGGGCAGGAGCUCAGGUCUCUCCUGGGUCCCCAUCUGUUUCCACCCUAGAUUCCAAGCCCUGGUUCUGAGUCACCUAGGGCAGGAGCUGGGGCCUUUGCCCAGACAGUGGAAUGGGGCUAGGCAAGCUGCACUUGUGCUCCUAGAGUCCUCAUUAGGAAGGGUGGAAAUCUGGAGGUGUGGCCCGCCAUGCUGCACCCCAUCCUCAGUCUGUGGACAGGCAAGAGCAGAUAUAACCUACAACCCAGUUAGGCUACAGACAAAUGCUGGGAGAGAGGACUUGGCUGUCAAGGGUCAGAGACCUCAGGAAGGAAGGACGCGGGGCUGAGGUCCUGCCACUGCCCCUUCCUGUCCACACCCUGCACGCCCGUGCAUUUCAGCCAGGGUGGCCUCUUAGGCAGGGCCUGGCCUGGGUCUGGCCCUUCCACUGCCCAGGAAGCCCUGUUUUCCUCCCCUCCCAUACUCUCGCCCAUGCCUCAUAAAGUGACCUCUGUCUGAGCGCCUCCUAGCAAUAUGGGGAGGUCCCCAGGCCUGGACAGGAGGGCGCAGGGCCAGAUGCAAUGGCCCCUCUGGUGGGGUUGUUAGCUCUCAGGCCGAGAGCCUUAUUUACCUAGUGCAAAAACUGUAAAAGUGUACAGACUCUCCACAGAUUUUUAUCUUAACUGCAAGUCUGCCGAUUUUUGUAAAUGUUCUUGGUGUUUGACUGUAAUGGAACUAUUUCACCCAAGGGAUGUACAUAGUCCUUUAGUCCUGGUGCUGCGAGGGCUGGCCGGGACCGCUGCUCUCACGUUUGAUACUGUAGCCUAGAGAACGGUGCUGGGCAGGAUGGCAAGCUUUGCAGUCUAGGUGUCUGUCUUUUACCUGCCUGGGGCGUUGAUCUGUUGGCUUUGCAGCAUGCUGUUGGGGGGUGGGGAGGUUGAUGGGGGCACAUGCCCCAAUGGGGCCAGUAAAGCAUCCUCCUGCCCACAACCUUGGGGCUAAGCUCUGCCUACAGCAAGGGCUGCAGAGGCCCCAAGGGAAGGAUGGUCCCUGCUCUGGGAAAACCCUGACCACUGACACCCAGGCUCUGCUGGAGAGAGCUGCCCCUCCCCUGCCAACACAGACAACUGACCUUUUUGUUCAACUUGUAUGUUCAGGAUUAAGGAAACUGCCAAACUUCCUUGGAGCGAAGACCUCUGACUACCCAGCAGUGGGGGUGGGGACCAGGGCCAGAGCUCCCAUGUACCCCAGCACCUGUCUGAGGGUAACCACUCCCUCAUACCCAUAUGUCUGGGAGCCAGACUGUCCAGGGAACCAGCCCCUCUUUUCUAUAUACUUGGCCACAAGGCUACCCCUGUGCCCCACUGUACCCAGCUCCCCUUUUGUAAGUAUGUGAAAAGGAAAAAAUGCAAACGUCAGAGUCGGCUGGAGCCCUUCCCUCCAACCGUGACUUUUAACCAUGUAAUAAUGUACAGAGAACUUGUUGGUGUUUGAAGACUCCGUGUGGCUGUGCAAUUUCUGUACAUUUGCAAUUAGAAAUAUUAAAGAUUUAUUUAGCUAUUUUAA